GGUUCAACCGAAAUCAAACCGGUUUUUGUCCGGUUUAAUAAAUUGAAGAAAAAACAAAGGAACACACACUGUAAUAAAAACCCUCUCCUAAACCCUAAUUUCUUCUUCUCUCCGUCUUCCUUCUUGUUGUUCCCGGUUGAUUUAUCAGAGUGUUGUGCUAACAAAUGGGUGCCAAAGAUGAUAAAAAGCGUGUGAAGAAGUUGAAAUCUAAGAAAGUAGAAGCUGAUGAGGAGCAUGAGGAACAGCUCAUGAGUGUUGAAGAUGAUAUAGUUACGGAUCAGAAGACCGAUAAGAAGCGUGGGAAGAAGGUGAAAUCUACGAAAGCAGAAGCUGAGGAGCAUGAAGAACAGCUUAAGAGGCUUCAAGAAAAAGACGCUGAUUUUUAUCAGUAUAUGAAAGAGCAUGAUGCAGAGCUUCUAAAGUUUGAUGCUACUGAAAUUGAGGAUGAUGCUGAUGUUGAACCUGAUACUGACUUGGAAGACACUGAAAUGGAAGGUGAUGAUGAAGCAACAAAGAUGGAAACUGCAAAGAAAGUGACCGAGCAGAAAACGAUUACAGCAUCGAUGGUUAAUUCAUGGAGUAAAUCAAUCGAAGUUGACGCGAAGCUAGGUGCAGUGCGUUCUAUCUUGAGAGCUUAUAGAACUGCAUGUCACUAUGGUGAUGAUACCGGGGACGAUCAAUCGACAAAGUUUAGCGUUAUGUCAAGCGAGGUGUUUAAUAAGAUAAUGUCAUAUGUUCUGAGUGAAAUGGACGGGAUUCUUCGUAAGUUGUUAAGGUUUCCUGAAGAUACUAGAGGAACAAAAGAGACUAUAUUGGACCUGAUGAACACCAGGCCUUGGAAAAACUAUAAUCAUUUAGUCAAAUCAUAUCUCGGGAAUUCCCUUCAUGUUCUGAACCAGAUGACCGACACAGAAAUGAUAACCUAUACUCUGCGCCGCCUAAAGCACUCAUCGGUUUUUCUAGCUGCUUUUCCUAGCCUCCUAAGGAAAUAUAUUAAGGUUGCACUUCAUUUCUGGGGAACUGGUAGUGGCAAGCUCUCUGUUGUUUCCUUGUUGUUCCUGAGAGAUUUGUGCAUACGUCUUGGAUCUGACUGUGUGGAUGACUGUUUCAAGGGAAUGUACAAAGCUUAUGUGUUGAAUUGCCAGUUUGUGAAUGCUGAUAAAUUGCAGCAUAUUUCGUUUCUUGGUAAUUGCUUCAUUGAGCUUCUCGGCACAGAUAUCUCUGCAGCAUAUCAGCACGCAUUUGUCUUCAUAAGGCAAUUGGCAAUGAUUCUGCGUGAAGCGCUCAACACAAAAACAAAAGAAGCAUUUCGGAAAGUGUAUCAAUGGAAAUUCAUCCAUUGCCUUGAGCUUUGGACUGGAGCUGUUUGUGCCUACAGCUCUCAGUCUGAACUCAGACCAGUUGCUUAUCCGCUAGCUCAAAUAAUUACUGGUGUAGCACGACUUGUUCCCACUGCUCGCUACACUCCCCUUAGAAUAAGAUGUGUUCGUAUGCUAAACCGGAUUGCUGCUUCGACCGGUACCUUUAUACCUGUCUCAAUGCUUCUCGUGGACAUGUUAGAGAUGAAGGAGCUCAAUAGACCUCCCACUGGAGGUGUUGGCAAAGGUGUAGACUUACGCACACUACUGAAGGUAAGUAAACCAGCAGUGAAGACAAGAGCGUUUCAGGAGGCAUGUGUUUAUUCUGUAGUGGAGGAGCUUGUGGAGCAUUUGUCUCAGUGGAGUUGUUCCGUCGCUUUCUUUGAACUAUCAUUUAUCCCGACCAUAAGGCUGCGUAGCUUUUUCAAAUCCACCAAAGCUGAGAGGUUUAGGAAAGAAAUGAAGCAACUCAUUAGCCAGAUUGAAGCUAACUCAGAGUUUGUCAACAAAAAGAGAGCUUCGAUUAAGUUUCUACCCAAUGAUCUUGCUGCUGAAUCAUUCCUUGAGGAUGAGAAGAAGGCAGGAAAAAGCCCUCUAUUGCAAUACGUGGAAAUUAUCCGCCAAAGAGCCCAGCAAAGAAACGAAUCGCUGGUGGAAUCAGAUGUUAUUGUGGGAGAGAACUCGGCUGUCUUUGGGAAAAACGCACCAAGCAGUGAUGAUGAAGAUGAUGCAGAUAGGAUUGAAAAGGGUGCUGCAGCUUUCAAUUCUUCCUGGCUACCCGGAAGUGACUCCAAAGAAAAGGAGCCGGAGGAAGAGCAGACGAAAAAGAAGAAAAGGAAGAGAGGUGGUAAGAGUAAAACAGAGAAGAAGCAGGACGAGCAAGGCUUAGGAGAAGAUGAUGUUGUGGAAGAUUUUGUGUUGAGUUCUGAUGAAGAAGAAGAAGAUGAUCUGUUUGAUAUUGGAGGAGACAAAGAUGAAGAUGAUGCAGCAGACGAAAUUACAGAUCCUGAGACAAAGACAUCUAAUAAGAACUCUAAGAAGACGAAGGGCACUUACAAGACCUGGCAUAAGACUUACAAGAAGACCAAGAAGAAGAAGCCCCGAGUAGCUUAAGUCUUUUGUAUCUUCUUCAGUUUGUACGAGAUUACUUUUUUGGAUGUUUGCAAUCAACAUUAAACAAAAUU